UAUAUAGAGGAACACAGGGGUCUGUACAAGGACGUGAUGAUGGAGAAUCACCGGCCCCUCACAUCACUGGAUGGGCCCAGUAACAGAGAUACCCCAGAGAGAUGUCCCCGUCCUCUGUAUUCCCAGGAUUGUACAGAGGAGAAUCACAGGAUCCCACAGGAGGAUCAGGCACAACGUCUGUCUGAUAUUAAAACAGAAGAUAUAGAGGGAGAAGAAGAGACGUAUGUGACUGAUAUAAAGGCAGAAGAUAUAGAGGGAGAAGAAGAGACGCAUGUGACUGAUAUAAAGACAGAAGAUACAGAGGGAGAAGAAGACACGUAUGUGAGGGGUGAUCAGCAGUGUAAGGAGGAGGAGAUCCCUACAGAUAUCAGCACAGAUGGACACACAAGCAGGAAUAUCACAGAAGGACAUCUAAUGUUAUCCCCGGAUUGUGACAUAAAAGAUGACAGUAGACAGGAUUCUCCAGGAGCUAACCCCAUUACCGCAAUUAAACAUCCAGCUCUAUCAGCUGAUCCCCCUGAUCCUGAGAAAUGUUCUCCUGAUCACUCUGAUAUUGGUGCAUCUGUUACAGCUCUGAGAGUAGAUACAGUGUUUCCGUGUUCUAUAGAUGCCAAAUGUUUUACACAGAACACAAAGCGUAUUACCCAUCAGCCAGCUAAGGCAGGUGAGAGGCCACUGAUAUGUUCUGAGUGUGGGAAAUGUUUUAAAUACAAAUCAGAUCUUGUUGUACAUCAGAGGAGUCACACAGGUGAGAAAUCAUAUUCCUGUUCUGAGUGUAGGAAAUGUUUUCCACGGAAAUCAGAACUUGUUAAACAUCAGAGAAGUCACACAGGUGAGAAGCCAUAUUCCUGUUCUGAGUGUGGGAAAUGUUUUGCAUGGAAAUCAAAUAUUGUUACACAUCAGAGAAGUCACACAGAUGAGAAGCCGUACUUCUGUUCUGAGUGUGGGAAAUGUUUUGCAUCGAUAUCAAAUCUUGUUACACAUCAGAGGAAUCACACAGGUGAGAAGCCAUAUUCCUGUUCUCAGUGUGGGAAAUGUUUUGCAUCGAAAUCAUAUCUUGUUACACAUCAGAAAAGUCACAGAGGUGAGAAGCCAUAUUCCUGUUCUGAGUGUGGGAAAUGUUUUGCAUCGAAAUCAUAUCUUGUUACACAUCAGAAGAGUCACACAGGUGAGGAGCCAUAUUCCUGUUUUGAGUGUGGGAAAUGUUUUGCAUAUAAAUCAAAACUUGUUACACAUCAGAAAAGUCACACAGGUGAGAAGCCAUAUUCCUGUGCUGAGUGUGGGAAAUGUUUUGCAUUGAAAUCAGGUCUUGUUAUACAUCAGAAAAGUCACACAGGUGAGAAGCCAUAUACCUGUGCUGAGUGUGGGAAAUGUUUUCCACGUAAAUCAGAUCUUGUUACACAUCAGAGAAGUCACACAGGUGAGAAGCCAUAUUCCUGUUCUGAGUGUGGGAAAUGUUUUGCAUGUAAAUCAAAUCUUGUUACACAUCAGAGAAGUCACACAGAUGAGAAGCCGUACUUCUGUUCUGAGUGUGGGAAAUGUUUUGCAUUGAAAUCAAAUCUUGUUACACAUCAGAGAAGUCACACAGAUGAGAAGCCGUAUUCCUGUUCUCAGUGUGGGAAAUGUUUUACAUCGAAAUCAUAUCUUGUUACACAUCAGAAAAGUCACACAGGUGAGAAGCCAUAUUCCUGUUCUGAGUGUGGGAAAUGUUUUGCAUCGAAAUCAUAUCUUGUUACACAUCAGAGAAGUCACACAGGUGAGAAGCCGUACUCCUGUUCUGAGUGUGGGAAAUGUUUUGCAUGGAAAUCAGUUCUUGUUAAACAUCAGCGAUUUCACAAGUGAGACUCCAUUUUCAUGCUGAGAGAUAAAUAAAUCUGCUCUUGUUGAACAUAUUAGACAUUACCCAAGCACGGAACCAUUUAAAUCUUCUGGAGUAUAAUUAUCACUGUCGUGCAUGUUCCUCAAGGGUCAAUCCUAUCUCCUAUGCUUUAUAAAAUAUACAUGCUACCAUGGGUUAUAUAAUCAGACAUCAUGG